CGCGCGGGCAAACAGUUGCGUGCGGGCUGCCGUAGCGGGCAGAGCCUCGUCACCCAGGCUAUUUGGUGUUCUGUGAAUACACGUCUGAUACACGCAUCUCACACAUCUGUUACGUGUCUGUUACACGCCUGUCACACGUCUGUUUACGUGUCUGUUACAGGCAUGAAUCAACAGCUCGAAAUGGAAAGGUUAAUUGAUAUUGUAAGAAACAACGAAAUUCUCUAUGAUGUGAAUAAUAAAGGUUACAAAGAUAGUAUAAGAAAGAUUAAUGUGUGGAAGAACAUAGCUCAGCAGGUUGGACUAGAAAAUGGAGAAGCAGCAAAGGCCAAAUGGAAAAACCUUCGAGAUUCUUACGUCAAGUUCCUCAGAACAGAGAAGACAACAGGAAAAACUGCUAAGAAGUAUAAGAAGUGGCCGUGGGCCACCCAGCUGGAGUUCCUGAAGCCUCAUGUAGUUGAUAGACAGACAGAAAACGUGCAGGAGAGUAGUCAGGCUGCUUUCAAAGAGCUGGAUGACCUGCACCAUACUGUUGCAGAACCCCAAACUGACAUCCUGGAGAAAAUAAUUGAACCUCCCCGAAAGAAAAAGCCGACUAGAAAUAAUACCUCUGCCGCUGUGAUCAACUCUGCUGAUAAUACUCUUGAAAUUUCGCAGGAGACUGGAUCGAGAAAGUUAGAACUGGAUGCCACCGAACAUUUGUUUUUAAGUCAUGCAAAAACUGUCAAAUCUUUUUCUAAGAGAAGGCAAGCAUUAGUAAAAUUGAAAAUAUCUCAGUUAAUAGUAGAAGCUGAGCUGGAGGAAAUCAGUGAGUUUGAGGGCCAGGGGCUGCACCAUUCCCUAGCACCACCACAAGCCAUGUAUGACCAUAAGAACAUCAAAAUAGAAGAGCACUGCGGUAUGCCGCCUGGACAAUACUAGGCAAGUCUUGGUUUAGAAAGACUCGUAAGUAAACAUUAGGACAUAGAAAAAGUUUUGGUCUUGGGACCUGGAUCAAGGUUCCAGGACUAAAACUUUUUCUAAUAAAUACGUCCAAGUGUUUGCUUAUGUGUCUUUCUAAACCAGUUUGUGGGUAUCUAUUACUAAGGUUUAUACCAUACAGGCAAGUCUUACUCACACUCAUCCAUUCCCAACUCAUAUAUGUUUAAUAUAUUAAAAAAAAAUAAAAACACGAAACGGGUGGGAUUUGAACCCAUGGCAAGUGAGACCUAAACCUCCAGGCCAGUGCGUGGUUUGCAAUCGUGUUAAUACGAUUUCGUGAGUCGUACUUUUAAAGUUAUUGAAGUAUUAGCUUCAAUGACGCUACCUGACAGUUUAUCUCACUCGUCUGUAAACUGUUAUCAUACUAGUGUUUUCCGGCAACCUUUCUAAAUCUUAAUUUAUCCAGCUUGAAGCCAUUGUUUCAAAUUCUUUCUUGGUUCUUUAUGUCUGUCUUCCACUUGGACAUGUCCAUCAUAUCUGCCACAGUUUUUGCCUCCCAAGAAUGCAAGCUCAGAGAUCUCAAACCCCCCAGAAAUCUUAAAUUUUAAAAGGGGUGGACCGGAAAAGCCAGCUAAAGGCCUCUGUUAGAGGACCAAAAGCUCCAGUGGUGGGCCAUGGCUAGAACCCACCUCAGGAAACACGUGUCCUGUUUCCUGACAAAUAAAAUGAUUACGACAAGUUCACCACUUCAACUGGAAAAAAGGUUUUGAUACAAGAAAUUGGAGUUACCCUCUCGCUCCCCGUCUUUCAUAGAUCAAAUCUGAUUACGUCUUAUCCUCACGUGGUAUGACCCCUUAUGAGUUUUAGCGCUUCCUCGUGAAUAUUACAGUGCAAAGUAAGAUGAGAGUCCCUUGGUUAGGUUAUUUUUCUUUUCCCGCCGGAUUUUUGCCUUAAAAUUGAAUGCAAUAUUAAACAGAAUUUUGAGUCCAUCCUUAUAGGUAAGUUUCUUGUUACAGGGGAUUUUGUCAUCUUUCUGUGUUUGCCUUCCAGUUAAUUUAGGUCCAUUUUGUAUUAAUGAGAGACCAAAACUGAGCAGCUUUGUAGAAUUUAAUACUAUAUCCUAGUACAUUUCCUGUACAUACCAAGAUUUAUUAUCUAUUUAAAUAUCUUUAACAAUAAAAUAUUUAUUUAGAUAAUUUGAAGUUUUUUUGUGCUUACCUUAGUUAUUCUAAACUAGUAAUAAUGUUAGAAUUAUGUUACGUAAAAGAAAAUAGAUGUAACUAAUGUGACAUUUUAUUGUGACAACGUUUCGCUCUCCAGGAACUUUGUCAAGCUGUUACAAACAAUACAAGGACACAAAAGGUAUAUAACAGCUGUAGAAGUAGAA